AUUUAUUUUUAUUGUUAAUACCAUGUAAUAGCAAACUAUGUUUUGGUUAAUUUGUUUGUUUUCAUUUGUUUUGUUUCGUAGGGCUCUCUCAUGACAACAAUGGUAAGGAAGAACUUGGUCAACAAGUUCAACCAUUUGUUGAAAGAAGGAAAUGUGUAUAUUUUGAAGAAUUUCAAGGUGGUUGAGAAUUCUGGCGCCUUCAAGRUCAUUGACUCAAAAUUGAAGAUUAUGUUUACACUAUUAACCAAGGUGGAAAAAGUUGAUACCUAUGUUCCUUCUAUCCCUAUGCAUGGGUUCCAACWUGCAAGUGAGAAAACAGUUAAUGACCGUCUCAACGAUGACAACAUACUCACAGAUAUUAUUGGUUGUUUAACUGCUGUUGGAGAUGUUGAGACUGUGAGGGGUGGGUUUCGAAAAAGAGACUUGGAGAUUAUAUCGGAAUUCAAUGUCACAUGCAAAGUUACUUUAUGGGGAGCUCUUGGUGAAACUUUUGAUGAUUCCCAAUUCCAGCAAAAGUCGGGUGCCACUUUUAUUAUCAUAAUUACUUCUACCCGAGUCAAAAAAUUUCAAGGCGUCCUAAACUUUGCAACUUCAAGUGCAAGCAAAGUGUAUGUUAAUCUCAACACCGACUAUGUGCUGGCCUUGGCUGACAGAUUUGCUAAUGUUUGUCCUCGACUACACUUGGGGGUGUCUUCUGGUAAGGUUAAGAGAACGGUGGAAGAGGAGAUGUUUGAGAAUCGGAUGAACAUUCAACAACUGUUGUAG